CCAGCCGGAGGGUGGGGACGGCGGGGGAGGGGCGCGCCUACUCGGGGUACGUGCGGCGGGGCGCACAACCGCAGCGCUGCGUCCCCGCCCUCCCCCAGCCCUGCUAGACCCCAGAGCUGCGCCGUCGGACUGACGGUGCCCGGAGCAGUUCCUGUCCUGGGCCCCGGCGCUGGGGAGACGUGAGCGUGCACACGUACACACACAGCUGGGGAAGAGGCGCCCCGAGCGACGCCCAACUUUCUCCCCGCUUCCGCGAGCCAGCGGAGAAGGCAGCUGGGGGCAAUCCAGCCGCUGUGCUUAGGAAGGGAGCUCCAAGGAGAAAGGAGAAGAGAUGGGGAGAAUCUCUUUGGGUUUGGGGGGAUUUUUUUUUAACCAUUUCCAUCCACUGACUGAAGAGUCGAGGGAACCCGAAGCGGGGCGGCGAGGAGCGCUUUGGGAACAUGGAAGAGUGUGUUUGGGGGAGCGUAGAGUUGCUUUCAAGCUCCCAGGCGAGCGACGCUCCACCGCAGGUUGAGUCAGGGCUGCCUGAGCCUUUCUGCCACCCGCCUGGAAAUGAUGCGAGUCCAGCCUGCCACCUGGAUCCCUGCAGCCCGGCCCGAAAUCCGUCUGGAUUGGGAGAGAGGCAAGAAACUGGUACCCUAGGUGUUGCGAGGCCCACCAAAGAGAGGCAAAAAUAAAGGGGGAACAUGGGGCAGUUGCUCCGGCCAAGUCCUCUCUAGUGCUUUUGCUCCUGCCUGACAUAGUUUGAGGGAUUUUUUUAAUGCAAAGUGUGACAACGCCAGGAAUUCCCAGAUGUGCUCAGUUUGCCCCCAGCAUCACGGUGCCCAGAAAACUCCUCCAAUCUGUCAAGGCCUCGGGGACGGGAGUCUCACUGAAUUCCAAAAGGCGGAAAGAGGAAACUUCCCCAGCCUGAUGCGGGAGUGAUGCGAGCCAGGGGCUCCGGGGGCGCAGUCCCAGAGCAGCAGACCGUCCCCUCUCGCCCUCCUUUGACUGCUACCGGAGCUGCGAUUCGCUUUCACUUCAGUCAGUUCGGCCAUUGCCCUGCAGCCCCCGCACACGCAUCUCCGGCCACACUCUCACACGCACACAAGCGCGUGGCCACCGCCAGGUCGGCAACUUUGUCCGGCGCUCCCAGCGGGGCUCGGCUUCCUCCCGUAGUAGUUGGGCGCAAGCCCCGCCUCCCGGCCGUGUUGUCAAACGGGCCGGGGUCUCGGAUUGGUCCAGCCGCCGGGACAACACCUGCUCGACUCCUUCAUUCAAGUGACACCAGAGCUUCCAGGGAUAUUUGAGGCACCAUCCCUGCCAUUGCCGGGCACUCGCGGCGCUGCUAACGGCCUGGUCACAUGCUCUCCGGAGAGCUACGGGAGGGCGCUGGGUAACCUCUGUACGAGCGGCGGCUGCGAGGAGGAGGGAAAAGGCGAGCCAGGAGGAAGAGCGGGAGGAGGGGACGCAGCGAAGGAGGAGGAAGAGGGGGAGGGGAGCACAAAGGUUCCAGGUCUCCGGGCGGGAGGUUUACACCAAGAACCAUGUGUUCUGAGCGGCUGGGCCAGCUCGUGACCCUGGCUUUGGUGUUGGCCACCUUCGACCCGGCGCGAGGGACCGACACCACCAACCCGCCGGAGGGUCUCCAAGACAGGGUCUCCCAGCAGAAAGGCCGCCUGUCCCUGCAGAACACAGCGGAAAUCCAGCACUGUUUGGUCAACGCUGGCGAUGUGGGGUGUGGCGUGUUUGAAUGUUUUGAGAACAACUCUUGUGAGAUUCGAGGCUUACAUGGGAUUUGCAUGACGUUUCUGCACAACGCUGGAAAAUUUGAUGCUCAGGGCAAGUCAUUCAUCAAAGACGCCUUGAAGUGUAAGGCCCACGCUCUGCGACACAGAUUCGGCUGCAUAAGCCGGAAGUGCCCGGCCAUUAAGGAAAUGGUGUUCCAGCUGCAGCGGGAAUGCUACCUCAAACACAAUCUGUGCUCUGCCGCCCAGGAGAACACGCGCGUGAUGGUGGAGAUGAUCCACUUCAAGGACUUACUGCAACAGGAACCCUAUGUGGACCUGGUGAACCUGUUGCUGACCUGUGGGGAGGAGGUGAAGGAGGCCAUCACCCACAGCGUGCAGGCGCAAUGUGAGCAGAACUGGGGGAGCCUGUGUUCCAUCUUGAGCUUCUGCACCUCGGCCAUCCAGAGGCCCCCCACAGCACCUCCUGAGCGCCAGACCCAGGGGGACAGAACAAAGCUCUCCAGGACCCACCAUGGGGAAACAGGUCACCACUUCUCAGAGCCCAGCAGCAGGGAGGCCAGCCGAGGUGCCAAGGGCGAGCGAGGCAGCAAGGGCCACCCGAACACCCACACCCGGGGCAGAGUGGCCAGCCAUGGGGCCCCGGGAACUUCUGGAAGCAGCGAGUGGGAGGAUGAACAGUCUGAAUAUUCUGAUAUCCGGAGGUGAAACGAAAGGCCUGGCCGGGAAACCUUUCCUCCACGCCGUCCAUUUUCUUCUCUAUGGACAUUCCAAAACAUUUGCCAUUAAAGAGGGGGGAUGUCACACGCAGGAUUUGGUGGGGAUUGCGGACUUGACGAAGGUGUAUGUUAGCAGAAUGAACAGGUGAGACGGAGGCAGCAGUACGGCCUCGGCUGGCCCCGGUGGGCUCCACACUUGCACCUCCUGAGGGAACGUGCCACGUGUUCUCCUUGCGAUUUUGUCUUCUUUGCAUCCAUGGAGCCACCGAGCGGCCUGCGGUUUCCUCUGCUGGGGGGGACGGUGGGCCGGGGAGGGGGCAGGGGCAGCAGGCCCACCUGGGCUGGACCACACACUUGACGCUGGGUUCGCCCCACAGCUUCUAGUGCUGUCUUGGUGGAGGGCGGCUGGGUUCCGGGGCAGGAGUAGACGUGAAAAUCUCGCUGGGAAUGAGGGGGAGCGUGGAGAGGAGGCAGGGGCCGUGGGGGUGCUUGGUGCCAAACGGAAGUUCAGCUUCUUGCAUGGGACCUUGAGGUUCGGAGCUGCUUGCGGGGGGAGGGCCAGGGUUCUAGGCGUAACUUCUGAGCCGUUGUUCUGUGCAGGGACCCUGUCCAAGGGAGCGGCCCCUGUGUGUUUGUAUUUUAACCACUGCUUCCAGUCUCGAUUUCACUUUUUUAUUUAUCCAGUUACAUCUACCUACUACAUAUCUGUCGUCUAAAUAAAUGGCUUUCAAACAAAGCAACUGGGUCAUUAAAACCAGCUCAAAGGAAAAACAAACCAAAAAAAAAAAAAAC